CGCAACUCUCUCCCUCUUUGAACCUAACAAUGCACAACAGCGGUUUGUUGGCGCGUUGCCACGGCAACGACUAUCGCGUCAACCAGUGUCUGUAAAAAAAACAACAUGUCCGCGGGAGCAACACCUCGUGAAAAGAGAGAGCAACCAAAAGCAAAGGACAAUAAGCUACAGAAAGGGGAAAGUGUCUUUCUCCAGUGGGAAGUGAUGCCAAACCAACAAAUCCAAGAGCUGCUCAAGAAAACUAUGGACGAACUUCAGACUGAAAUCACUGCGAUUCUGGGCUUGAGGAAUCAUCAGAUCUGUAUGAAGGAAGCUGCCCUGCUGGAUUACUAUGUCUAUGGCUUCUGGUGGGCGAAAGAGGCCAACUUCACCCCCAUAAAGAUCUCCUUCACCAUGGCUGUACUGCACAUGCUGCUGGAUAACAUAAGAGAGAAACAGAUGGUUCUAGUGGAGAACUUGAUGGAGUUUGCGAAGGCCUUAGGUGCUGCCUGCCAGUGGUCGACUUUAAAGGAAGACAGCCCGCCGCUUCUAGACAGAGAAGAAGCCACAGCACUCAUAACUUACAUCAGAACCAGUCUGUUUCAGAAAUACAGACUCUAUGAGCUUCUGUUCACCACAUCCAGAGAGGAGCUACUGACCGGCAUGGAGUCAAACAUGCUGUUUUCCAGAGGACCAUUGAGGUGUCCAGCGGUCUCACUCCCCUGGAGGAAGGGGUUUCCACUCACCCCUCCUUCCACUAAAGGGCUCUGCCUGUUAUCCAGAGAAACAAACAGGUGAUGAAGGAUGGAGGGAUAGCAUCAGUGGGAGCUGGGACUUGGGAUUCCUUUGUCGUCCACAGUAGGGUGGUGUCUGUCUGUUAAGUCAGACGGUACAUAAGCAGUCCACCUGUCAUCUUUGUCCUUACUUUUGCUUUGUUACUUCCACACAGUGUUGUUAGAUGGAUAAAUGAAAUGAUCAUUUAUUAUGAAAUAAGCUAAGUUUUUAGCUCCAGUAGAAAAAUUAAUCUCCGUUUAAACUAACACACCCAGACUCGGGGAAGGGGGGGAGAGAGAUGAAAAUUAAUUAAAUAAAUAAGCCCUCAUGGUUGUACAUUUCCUGUGAAAAUCAAUAAAAACAU